AUGAAUUUCCUCUCAUACAUUGGGCGAAGGUCCAACACGAAUUUUGCCCCGUUGGGCUCGGCGUUGUUGAAAAAACAGCGUUUUUAUAAGAAAGUCGACAUUCUACGCGACGACUCGGAGAGCAAGCCCAUGUUCAAAGUGACGUUAGAUGGGCGAGUGCUAAAGACGCAAGGAGGGAAGCAGUUGAAGGUCGACUCCGAGCCGCUAGCGCUGGCCAUCGCCGAGGAAUGGGCCGGGCAGACGCAGAAUUUGGAGAUUGCUUCAAUGCGACUUACUGGACUUGCCUUCACCGCCACAGACAAUCCAUUAAAGUGCACACCCGCCUCCAUCGCCUCCAAACUGCUCGAGUACGUCGAGUCCGACACUGUACUCUAUCACAACGAGGAGAGCCGCUCCCUGCAUGAUGCACAGGUUAAACACUGGAAUCCGUUGAUAGAGAACACGAACAAGGAACUCGGCACCGUCUUGAAGCCGACGGGCAAUAUUUUUGGGCCAGAAAUCAGCGCCGAAGACAAGGCGAAAUUCGAGCGUUGGAUUCUGUCGUUGAACGAAUGGUCACUGCAUGGACUACAGUACGCAACGGAGACGGCAAAGUCGUUGAUCAUCGCCUUCAACGUGUUGAACUGGAAGAUCACGGCCGACGAGGCGAUCGAGCUGGCGACGCUGGAGCGACGGGUUCAGUCCAAGAUUUGGGGAGCGGUCGAAUGGCAUCACGGCCUGGAAGACGAGGAGCUGCUCUCCCGCCUCUCUGCCGCCUGCCUCUUCGUCUACCUCAAUUCGAACAAUUCUUUUGACAAACCGCUG